GACUUGACUGUGUGGAGGAGGAAAAAGCUGCCCUUUCUUUACUUUUUUUCAACCCCUUCCUUGCCUGAAACUACACUGCAUUGCCCAGCACUGAAUCAUCAACAUUACAUUCAUCAGGACUGCAGCAGCAGCAGCAGCAGAGUCAGACUCGCAGAAGCAGAGAUGACAGAGAGAACACAGACAGAAGAGACUACUGUUGCUGCUGCUGCUUCUGUCAGAGAGUCAUGAGACAGACUGACUUGGUCAUUCAUCCUUCUCUCUCCCUCACUUACUUUCUCUCAC